GUCAUUUCAAUUGUAGACAUUGCGUGUGCUUGUUCUCUUUGAGCUAAGGCCGAUUGGCGACUUGCACAAAUUAUAACAUUUAAUUAAAAAAUACCAUGGCUUCGACUACCGAAAUCGCUUGUGUAUAUUCAGCACUUAUUUUAGCUGACGACGACAUCGCCAUAACUGGUGAGAAAAUACAGACUAUACUUAAAGCCGCCAACGUUGACGUGGAGCCUUACUGGCCGGGGCUUUUCGCUAAAGCUUUGGAAGGCGUUAACGUGAAAGAAUUGAUCACUAAUAUCGGUUCGGGGGUUGGAGGUGGUGGUGCGGCAGGUCCAGCAGCAGCUGCAGCUCCUGACGCUGUGGCCGCAGCUGCUCCCGCUAAAGAGGAGAAGAAAAAGGAAUCAGAACCCGAGGAAUCUGAUGAUGACAUGGGUCUUGGACUUUUCGAUUAAUAAAAACGUUUUAUAAAUUUUU